AUGGCUUCCAUGACACCAUGCAAGAACUGGAUGCGGGCAGGAAGGUUAACUGUUGAAUACAUGGAAGGUGUUGUAACAUUUCUAAAGUACGUGAAACAAAAUUCAAAUGGGGAAGAUUGGCACAGCUGUCCUUGUGCCAAGUGCUGUAAUAUACGUGGGAAGAUGACAUUAGAAACCAUUUCUGAACACUUGGUUUUUAAUGGCAUAGAUCAAACGUACACGACGUGGUUUCUCCAUGGGGAACAACGUCUUGAAACAGGUGCGAGUACAUUUGUCGAUAAUCGUAAUGAAGAUGUGUUGCCCAGAAUGGUCGAUUUGGUGAAUGAUGCUUUCGGUCGUUUUCAACCCAUUGAGUUAGAUGCAUGUAUGGAUGAGGUUAAUAAUGGAGAUGAUAUUGAAGCUCAUGAUGAAUUAGGCGAUGAGGCUCGGUAUAGGAAGUUAAUGGAGGAUGCAAAACAACCCCUAUAUCCAUCGUGUAAACCAGAGCAUACAAAGUUGUCUGUGACAGUGGAGUUGCUGAGUAUGAAGGCUAGGUUUCGUUGGUCAGACAAUAGCUUUACAGAGUUGUUAAACUUGCUCAAGAAAAUUUUACCCAACGAGAACUCUUUGCCAGAUAGUACUUAUAAUGCAAAGAGGCUGAUCAGUUCAUUAGGUAUGAACUAUGAGACAAUACAUGCAUGCCCUAACGAUUGUAUUUUGUACUGGAAGGACCAUGUUGAUAAGCAGUGUUGUCCAAAAUGUGGAGAAAGCAGAUGGAAAUUUAAUAGUGUUGUAAGGUCAACCGCCCCACAUGUACCUCGUAAGGUGCUAAGGUACUUCCCAUUAACACCGAGGUUAAAAAGACUCUACACUAUACCAGAGAUUGCAGAGAAUAUGAUAUGGCAUUCAAAGUCGGCUCAAGAUGAUAUUUGCAUGCGUCAUCCAGUGGAUUCGUCUAUGUGGAAGAUUGUAGAUGAAAAGUAUGCUGAUUUUGCUGCGGAGCCACGUAACGUUCGUUUAGGACUUGCAACGGAUGGAUUCAAUCCUUUUGGGAAUAUGAGCAAUUCAUAUAGUUGCUGGCCUGUUAUGAUUGUUACGUAUAAUCUCCCGCCUCAUUUAUGCAUGCGGAAGGAGUUUACCAUGUUAACACUUUUGAUCCCUGGAAAAAAAGGUCCAGGACAUGACAUUGACGUUUACUUGCAACCGUUGAUUGCAGAGUUGCUUGAAUUGUGGGAAGGAUCUGUGACAUAUGACUCACACAGAAGGUUUAGAAGGAAUAUCAAGGAAGAGGAUGAGCCAUUUAUACAUGCAUCUCAGGCGGCUCAAGUCUUCUAUUGCAAGGAUCCGACAAGAGAUGACUGGCAUGUUGUAUUAGAUGUUCCGAAGCGUCUAACAAAAGAUGCAUAUGCAUUUGAGGAUCCGCUAGUGUUUGAGGCCAAGUUGACUGCAGGUUCCUCGAGCCCUUCCUUAAUAGAUGAUCUGUAUGACCCAACUAAUGAAGAUAUACAAGAAGGGUCAUAUGUAGAAAUUGUAUCAAGUAACCCACGUAUUCAGAAGCGCAAAAGAAACUGA